AUGAGCGUCUCGUCCGACGCCCAGGUUGACAUCAGCGCCUGUCUCGACGCCGUGUCGCAGGCAUUCAAUGAUGGCGGCGCCAUCAUCGAGAAGAUCAAGAAGAAGCGGGCGCUGAAGCGAGCGCCUCCCCCACCGCGACUCCUCGAAGAAUCGAUCGACCAGGCGCCGGCCGAGAUCGAACGCGAGAGGCAGCGAGGUAUCGCCCGCUUCGGGAAGGCAUUCGAGGAGGGCGACCACAUCGCCGUGAUCUUGCUGCAGCAGAUCACCAUCCAGCUCCAGAGCAGCCUGCUCGAGAAGCUGCGCAAUGCCGCUUUCGACGAUGACUCGAAAACCACCGACUUUACGUAUUUGGUGGACGCCGCCGACGUGGGAAGAGACAGAACCAUAGCGGCGCUGCACGAGUUCAAGCAGAGGUUGAUCAACUCCCAGAACGUGAACCAGCAGCAGCAGCAGCAGCCGGCGCAGGACACAGCUCGCACCACGCCCGCCUCGAGCACCAGCAAUGUCGGCAUCCCACCGCCUGAGCCGACGAGGAGUCAGACAAUGCAGGCGUUGUCUAACACCCAGCCAAAAGAAGCGCAACCUUCCAAACACCGUACCUGGACGCGAGAGUUCAGCCAUUCGCGCGAGGCAUCAGGCGAAGAAGAUGCCGCGCCUGGGGCAGCGGAGGAGAACCACAGCCUACACCACCGCAAGAGAAGCUCGCUGCUACACUUCUUGAAGCACAACAGGACACAUAGCAGUGAGGCGAAGGACAAGGAUAAGGACAAGCAUGCACUGCACCCAACCGCUGAAGAGCCCCACAGCCGUGCUCCUUCCACAGCGCCAACGAGCGUGCCAUUCCGGCCACCUCCCCAAUGCGAUGUCAGCAGCAAUGACAUCCACCACCCGAACCAGUCCCAGUCCAAAUUCCGUUAUGAAGAGUGGGAAGACAAUCCCAGUGAGAUUUGGGGCUCCAGGACAUCCCUCGAACGACGUGAGACCAUGCAAAUAGCUCCAGACCAAGCCCAGAACCCCAACGCAUCGAGCUCAUAUGUCGGUCAACCUCUACAGCCCCCGUCGCCAGUCCUGACGAAUCGCUCCAACUCCAACCCUCACACCCACCCUCACCCUCACGCAUCCACCGCCGUACCCACGCCGAAUCCCGACAACGACUUUCUCGGAUUCUGUAAAGGCGCGUGGAAGCUGCAAAAUGGCGAUCGAAAAGGCAGCAUGCAUAAAUGCCGCGAAGUCGAGCCGUGGUCCCGCCAUCCCUCUCACUCGACCGCAACAUCCUUCUUGGCAUGCCAAACCCCUCGCUGUGCUUUUCGGUCAUCCUUUGCAUCGCAAAACGUCGAGGUGAUCUGGAACAAGGUCUUCACUGCCGAAGCAAAGGGGAUCAAGAUCCGCUGGCCGUUCCUGGCCAAGAGCCACGUCACGCAGAAAGUCGUCGUCAAACACCAGUACAGCUUCAAAUGUCUGUUUUGCGUCUUCACGCGCGGUUCCAGUGGGGUGUAUCACGGAAUGGAAUACUACCUGGACCACAUCUGUCAAGAGCACAGAGGAACAACUCUCGGAGAGGUGAUAUUGUACAAGACUGGGUGUAUCAACGACAGGAUCGCGACGGAGGAAGAUGAGUUCGACAUCAAUCUUUACCCCUUGGCUGCUGGGGCUAAUACCGGAGCGGGCGAUCGAAGAGAGACAUAUCUGAACGACGAGCUUAUGGAUCCGUACUGGAGUAAGAACGACGACAAGAACGAUUCAAUGUUUGGCGCAAACGAGCCUUGGAACGAGGGCUUGAGCGAUUUUCAUUACGGCGGGGAUUUUGACGGGAAUGAACUCGAGUGA